UAUUAAAUAUAUAUAUAUAUCUACAGAACACACAGCGUCGUCCAUAAUCUUCUUAUGAUUGUAGUAGUUGUACAGACGAAGAAGAAAAAUGUCGGACUUUUCAAGCUAGCUAAAAAGGUGCUACGAUGCUGCAAAAAAACAUCACACAACAAAGUCAUCGAGUGGUUCAUGACAUCAUCACUUUGAUAGCUUUGAUAGCUUUUGCUAAUGGAGUCAGCAGUUAGUUGUUCUUUUACUUCUCUGUUGUUGUACUCUACUCGUUAUUCAUGAGAAACCCAGACAACUACUUUUAUUUAUUUAAUUUAAUAGAACUCAGAUAAGAAUGUCACUGCUCUGUUUGUCAGGUUUUUUAUAUCUUGUGUUGUUCUAAAUAUAUACACUUGUAUACAUCCUCCAAAACUUAUGCACAGCCCAUGUUUAUACAUUUAAACCACUUCCUCCUACGUCACAGCCAGGAUGUUCACCCACGUUCUUCUUCUUAGUCUUUCUCUCCAUGUCUGGUGUGCAGCUCAAGUUCCAGACUGCAGUGAUAAGAGGAGUUGGUUUGUCAUGACGGGUCAGGACUUACGUCUGAAUGUCACGGCUCCUGUCGUCCUGAGUAAACGUGAUCAGUUUAAAUGGACGUUCAACAAUAUAGAAGUUAUAGUAACUAUUUAUGCUGAUAAUUAUACAGAACAAGAUGACAGUUAUACAGACAGGGCCUUCAUUUCUGCAGAAAACAAGUCACUGCUUUUAAAGAACACACAAAACAAUGACAGUGGACUGUACCGUGCUGAGCUUCAAACAAGACGUAAUAAGUGUUUGGUUCAAUACCAGGUCAUGGUCCAAGACAUGGUGUCGAGACCAAAUCUGGUCGUCACCCGUGUGUCCAGCAGCUCAGCUCACUGUGACCUGAAUGUGACCUGCAGCACAGCAGACUCUGAGCUCAUCACCAACUCUGUUUCAUGUAACUCCAGUGACUGCAGUCUGCAGGAGACAGAGACAUCCAGGGACACAGUCUCUGGUGCUGUCCUUAGUCUCUUCCUGUCACAUGACAACUUAGUUGUAUGUCAGCUCAGCAACAAUGUCAGUCAGCAAAGAGUUACAGAGGAAAUCCUUCAGCUCUGCGUCACAGACAGUGAUUCCAGAUUCUUCAUCAUUAUUGGAUCUGUUGUUGGGGUCACUGUGGUGAUUUGCCUUGUUGUCAUUUUCAUCUUAUUUUACAAUAAACAUAGACCAGGUACCACAGCAACUGGAAAUACGAUACAUAAAGUUCCUCAGAUUUCCCAGAGUCUAAUCUCAUCCAGGCCUGAGAGUCCCAAAAUACCUGACACUGUCUGUGCCUCACUGAAACGGCCCAAAGAGGCAGACAGGUCUCCAGCAGAGUCACUGUAGAGCACAGUGUCAGAGGUGAUCAGUGACAGAAGAAGAGCCGCAGAGGUGACAGUGAAGGUUUCAGCAGUAAGUAGUGAGAUCUGUUGUGAUGUCUGGGUCAGAGACAGUGUCUGCCGUUCUACGAGACAGUACUAGAGGUUGAGGAGAUGAAGAUGCUGAGAUCUUCACCGUAGAUGACCAGGAUGUACUGGGUCAGAAAUGAUUCCGACUUUCAACAACACCAACUUUUAUCAAAUUUCUCAGCCAACUCAACACUCUCCUUCCUAAAGUGUUUUUUUGUGAGUCCGUGGAAAAGAGAUUUGAUUAUACUGUAUAUAGAUGGAAGUUGUGAUGACUGCAGGACUAUGACGCAAACCCAAGAUAAGGCAUUAAUCUGGGAUGUGUUGCUUAUCUGGCCAAGUUACUAUGGUGACGUACUGUCUAGCCUGUGAGGAAUUACAGCAUGUCCAUGGUCUGUCUAAAUUUUAUUUACUGUCCAUCAUUUUAAUUAUCCUUGUAUAUUAGUAAUUUAUCUAUGUUGUAACAAUCAUUUUUAUUUUUAUGUGUUUUAUUAUUAUUAUUAUUAUUAUUAUUAUUAAUCCAGCCUUUUGUCAUUAUCGCCAUGCUAAUGAAGACUGUGUCAGUCUGCCAUCAGAGGAUUAACGAACAUGUUUUUAUUGUUUAGAUUAUAAAACAUGACUAAUGAAGCUUCAGAUGGAUUCAGUGAAGUAUACAUAUAUACGUGUGUGUGUAUAUAUAUAUAUAUCUAAUUCACACACUUCCCAUAUUAAUAUACUAGGCCAGUGUCAACUUAGCGUACGCUGGUUUAUUUUAUAGAUAUACACCAUCACACAUAUACAGUAUCAUGUAGGAAAAAAUCUAUAUAUGCACAAUUAUGAAGUGUAUAUAGUGUAAUAUAUUGUAAGAAUCUGGCACUUGCUUUACACUUCAGUGAAGCUUUAUUGAUGAACAGUAGCCAAGUCUUGCUGUUUAGCCACAACUCACGCUUUAUCUCCACAACAUUAACAGGGUAACUCUCUUUAGUUAACCUUUCUCUUGUGUUAGCUUUCUGGUGUCAUCUCUUAUGUUUACGGGUCAGUUUUGACCCACGUGUUAAAUGAGCUAUAAAAUACACUAAAAACAAUAAGCUAUCAUCCAAGUUUCUCUUGGUUACCUUGUUUGGCUUCCUUAUCCAUGAAAAUGUUGGUUUUUCAUACUUUUGGUGUGGGCCUCCUGGCCUUUUUUUGUCAGAAUACCCCUUGAUUUCAAUUUGAAAAAAAAGAUAAAAUGAACCUCACGAGAAUCAUAUUAAUAAAUAAAAGGUUGUGAUGUUACCUGCAUGCUGUUGGAUGAAUAGUGAAAUAAGAUGGUCUUUUCGGGUCUUAUAAUUGUAAAUCUGACUCCAGAGGAGUCAGUGCCUCAGCAGUCAUGAACUGUAUGUCUAAGACAAUCACAUUGUCAUUAAUAAACUUGCAGAAACCAGCGCUUUGCUUAGGAGGAUUUUGAUGCUGAAAGUAGCCUACUAAAUAUACGUGUUGCUACUGAAGAGUUUAGUGUAAACCAAACAGAGAUAAAUACAUGUUCUUCUUUAUCAGAUUUUUUUACCCUUAAAAUAUGUGUCUUAUUUUAAUUUAAAAUCAUUCAUUGUGAAAGUUAACUGUUUUCCGGUGGCUCAAACGUGGAACUGCAUAUAUAAACAAGUUCCCUCAAAAAGGUUGUCUGCUCUGUGUGUAGUUGUAUAU